AAGUGUUUUGCUUUGACCGUUCAUCAUCUUCAUGUUCAUGUAGCCAUUUCUGGUUAGCCUCGCUGUAGAGUAGCAUAGCCACCGUCGUCCACCGUAGCGAGCCACCAUGGCCCAGGCAGCACAGGCAGCACAGGCUCAUGCUUUCGACCCAAACACCUCUCAGAUCCAAGUGGAGCACGAUAAAAAGCGUCGGCAGUUUGUUAUAAGACUAAAUGGAUCUCAUGAUCGUGCGGUUCUUCUGUACGAAUACGUUGGGAAGAAGACGGUGGACUUGCAACACACUGAAGUUCCAGAUGCUUACAGAGGGAGAGGAAUAGCCAAGCACCUGGCCAAGGCAGCGAUGGAUUUUGUGGUGGAAGAGGAUCUGAAAGCCCACUUGACCUGCUGGUACAUUCAGAAAUAUGUCAAAGAGAAUCCUCAGCCUCAGUACUUUGAACAUAUUUAUCAAUGACCCUACAUGGCGCUCUGACAGAAAAGAAGGAGAAAGAGACUCCUAGGUGAUAAAUACUGUUUGGCAGCAUGCUUUGGAGUUAUAGAAUGACAAUACAACAAAGGACCUUCCAGGCAUUGUUAAACAUGACAUUGAGCGACUCUGGAGAUGAAUGAUCUCACGGGGAAAGACGUCCGUGAGCUGAACGCUGGGUCGACGGGUCAGUUCACUUUCAGUCACCAGAAACAGGAAGUGAAUCAGCUGGUCACGACUUGUAAAACCAUGAGCGAAUCAACUAACCAAAGCUGAAGCCCUGUUACCUCAGACAGAAACCUUCAGGACGUAUACCAGUCGCUGGCUGGGAGCAAGGGUUAGGCAUGUAAUGAGAACAGAUGUGAGUCAAAAUCGUAUGUUGCAAAUUUUCUGUCCUCCUGUGGACUCACUGGUCGUGAGCAGCGCUACAAGAUGACCAACCCAGGUGUCUUUCUCUGCAAUAGUUUGGAGUGGAGCAAUGAUGACUUCACCGUUGCUCCAACUGUGAUGACUUUUAUAUUUUGACUCACUUUUGAUAUUCUAUGCUUUGUUUUUGUCUUUUUCUUUUAAUUCUUUUAUUUUAGGUGUCGGCAUACAUUUGGUGGGUAAAGGGUCAUUUUAAAAAAAUAUAAUCUAUAUUUUGCAGACAUUCAUUUUACCAAACUCUCAAUUUGUGCUCCAGCGUUACUGUAUCCACUUCCCUUUCUUCCAGCAGCUGUCCAUUAUCGGAGUCAUAAUCGAUUAAUAAAAGAUGCAGGGACUUGUAAACCAAAGAACACAAACUGAGGAUGUCGAACUCUGGAGCUGCAAUCCUGCCUCAAGACAAAACUCAUUAUUUUCCUUACUGUACAUGUUAAAUGUUAUCAACACACGUGAUAAAUUGGGUCUGGAGCUUGUCACUGUGGUACAACGCCUCAGUGUGGCUAUGGAUAAAUAUCUUUAGCUCAAACCAGCAUUUUAAACACAGCACUGCUACAUUCAGGGCAAUUACAAUCCACAGUGUCCACUAUCCUUUUGUACUGUCAUUCAGGGAAAUGACGCUGGUUGGUCGAAGCUCAAAAGUCAUUUGAUCUGUUUUGUUUUUGUUUUUUGUUUUUCUUUCUUACCCACAAGGUUUCUUUUGCCAGCUCGUGUCAAAAUGAUAAAGGUCAUCAUAGAAGAAAACUUGACAACUGAAAUAAAAAGUAUGACUGGUUUCUCUUUUUGGCUCUUCAGGAGCUUUUUGCUGUUGACAAUCUUAAGUGUUGAGGAGAAAAACACUUCAGGUUACUCAACACACUCUGGCAGGACAGACCAGAUCCAAUGCAAGGCAGACUCUAUCUGCUCUAAUCACUUAGAGGUAAAUGCAGGAAACCACUUUCCCUUUAUAAAAUGUUCCUUUAGGUGACACUCACCUAUUCAUAGGCCAAGGUAUUCAAGGUGUUAUUUCAUUUUUUGUGUUUAUAUUUGUGUGUUUUAUUGAAAGGAAGCAUUGAGCAGGUGGCUCUACUAAAUGCGUCAAAAUGUACCAAUCCUUGUUAUAAUGUUUUGUGCUUGAGACAUUUUUGUUUUUCCAUUGUUGUCUAUAAAUAAAUAAAUAAAUAAAUCAAGUACUCAUCACA